CAUCCAUUCAACGAAGCCUCAACUUUGCCACCUGCUCCUUGUCUCUUUACUCUUUGUUUCAUCGAUUCCUUUAGCUUAGAACAGAUGGAAAUGUUGAGUAGCUGCGAGAAGAUGAUUGCCAGCGCCACCAUCUCUUCAACCAGCAAUGAAUGGUCACAGAGCCUGAUGGAGAAACCAAGCCAAGAACAGCAGCAAAGGCAACAAGCACUGAAGUGUCCUCGUUGUGAUUCAUCCAACACAAAAUUCUGCUACUACAACAACUACAGUUUGUCCCAGCCGAGACACUUUUGCAAAGCUUGUAAGCGUUAUUGGACAAGAGGUGGAACUUUAAGGAACAUUCCUGUCGGCGGCGGAUGUAGAAAGAACAAACGUGUUAAAAGGACUGCUUCUUCUUCUUCUUCGUCUCCUUCAGCUCUAGGUGGUGCUGGUACGGGUGCUUCUUCAAGUGCAAAUCCUAUCCCUUCAUUGUCUUCAACCUCAAGUACUCACCCUUUGUUUUAUGGGUUAGCUAAUGACCCUUCGGCGGAUAUAAUCAAUCUUUCUUAUCAGCCAUGUAUGAGUGCUCUUGGAUUAGGGUUUUCUUCUGGGGAUAGUAUUGAUCAUUUUCCGAAUAACCCACUUCUUUCAAGCUAUUCAAAUAUCUUUGGGUCCUCAUCUUCUUCUAUCACUACACCCACCAUUGCUUCUCUUUUAGCUUCCACUCUUAACCAACACAAGUUCAACAAUGGUGGUGUCAAAAACACUGAAGCCUUUGCUCCUUUUCAAGACCUUCAAAUAAUUAGUAAUGUCGAAAAUGGGCUAACCAUGAAGGAUGUCAAAGUACCGUGCCAGAAUCAGCUUGAGCAAAUUGGUUUAUCCGAUCCACCAGUUUAUUGGAGCACAAAUAUGGGUUCUUGGCAUGAUCCAACAAGCAUCGGGUCCUCAGUCACUUCAUUCAUCUAGCAAAAAAA